GGAGAAGUAAGGUAAAGAAAGAGUGAGAUUUUCAACACUAUUGUAACAAAAUCCGGAAGAAAAAGAAGAGAAGAAAUGGUGGGAUGUUGGGACCGGUGGGUAAGGUCUCCCGGUCCGCGCCUAACCCGACCUCCUCAUCCUCAUCCUCCUCCUCCUUGUUUCAACCUGCAUACAUAACAUAACCGAUCUCUCCUGCUGCAUUUGCAUCCUCUCAUUUAUCUGUGACGAACACAUACACAAGCUGCGGCACUGACACGUAUAUACAAGAGAAAAGAAACAGAAGGGCUUGAGCUGCUGGUGUGAAUGGCGGAGCCAAUGAGGAGGUUUGGAGUGGGCUACGCCUUGGCGCCGAAGAAGCAGGCGAGUUUCAUUCAGGCGUCUCUUGUGAAUCUUGCGAGGGAGAAUGGGAUCGAUCUCAUCCAGAUCGACACGGAGAAGCCACUGGUGGAUCAGGGACCGUUCGAUUGCGUUCUCCACAAGCUAUACGGCGAGGAUUGGAAGCGCCAGCUGGAGGAGUUCUCUUCCCGGAACCCUAAAGCUCUCAUCAUCGACUCCCCGGAGGCUAUAGAGCGGCUGCACAACCGUAUCUCCAUGCUCCAGUUCGUCACCAAGGUUGAGAUCGACUGCCAGGUGGCCUCUUUGGGUAUUCCUAAGCAAACCGUUAUCUACGACGCCCAAAUGGUUUCCUCCUUCAAAAUGGAGAACGAAGGUCUCAAGUUCCCCGUCAUUGCCAAACCCCUAGUUGCUGAUGGAAGCGCCAAAUCACACAAGAUGCUUCUGGUUUUCAACAAGGACGGACUUUGUAAGCUGAAGCCCCCCAUUGUUCUUCAGGAGUUCGUCAACCAUGGGGCUGUCAUUUUCAAGGUGUAUGUGGUUGGUGAUUAUGUGAAAUGUGUUAAGAGGAAGUCCUUGCCGGAUGUCAAUGAAGAUAAUUUGGGGUGUUUGGAGGGUUAUUUCUCAUUUUCGCAGGUCUCAAACUGUCGCACCAAUGAGAAAAAUGAUGACAAGUACUGUAAGAUGAUGAAUUUGGAAGAUGCGGAGUUGCCCCCUUUGAGUUUUCUUACAGAAAUAGCCAGAGGACUUAGAAGAGAAACAAGGCUUCAUCUUUUCAAUUUCGAUGUGAUCAGGGACAACAAGCUCGGGAAUAGGUACCUUGUUAUUGACAUUAACUACUUCCCGGGUUAUGCAAAGAUGCCAAAUUAUGAGUCUGUCAUGACUGGAUUUUUCUGGGAUGUCUUGAGUACGAAAAAAGAUGAGAGUUCCAAAGGUUUCAGGAUUGGGCUUGAGAAUGAGGUUAGGAUGUUGGUUGGGAACACUGGAUAUGAGGAAGCUGAAGUGACAUUACCUGUUUCCCCCCUUAAGAAGGGGGAAGAGAAGGAGACUCCUAUCCAGGUCUGAGGCUGUGGGAAUGGGAUGCGUUUUUUUGCAAAAUUUGGACGUUUGGUCAGUAAAAUUAGCCAAACAAUAGUGACCUUUCUCUUGGUUUGCAGUUGUUUUUUAGUUAGAGAGGAGGUAGUAAUAACUAGGUUAUUGGCUUUGUUCCGGCCCCAUGAAAGUUCUUUGUCAGAAGUGUACAAUUCAAUCUUAGCAGUGGGAAAUAGGUGGAUUGUUAUGAGGUGAGGAAUGGUUUGUGUUAUGUGUUGUGAUGAGGUAGCUCGAGAAUGAGAAGAGACGGGGAAGUAGCCAUUUAUGGACAUGCUAUGGUAAAACAAUCUAUGCUAUGCCCUUGAGCCCAGCCUUUCACAAGUAAUGUGCUGGAACAAGAAACUUAACUGUUUUGGUAAGUAAAACGAAGUUGAAACUGUGCUUUUGAAGGUGGCGAAAGUUGGAAUAGCUUUUAUUUCUAUUGUUGGGGAUUAAACUUGGGUUGUUAGAUAUCAGAAUCUAGAAAGCACGAGGAAAUAGGUAAGUUGCAUUAAUGCGGGCGGGGAGACAAGUAAGUGCUUCUUUGGUAUUACUCUCUCCUGAAGCGCAAGCACUGGGGCCUGAAUGUUCAUGGGAGCCUGCCUGCAUUCCAUCUUGCCAUGCUCUGCUCAUUAUCCAUC